AUGCGGCGCGUCGCGUCGCGCGUCGGAAAGCGCGCGUCCGGCGCGCGUCCGGCGCGCGCGUCGGACGCCGCGCGCGUCGCGUCGCGCGUCCGGGAGGCGACGCGAGGCGCGACGGAUGAUUUUCAACGGCGCGACGGAAACGCGCGGCGUCGCGAAUCCGCGCGCGCGUACGCCGCGUCGACGAUCGAGGACGAUCCGCACGCGCUGCUCGGCGUCGCGCGCGGCGCGAGCGCGGACGAGGUGAAGCGGGCGUAUCGACGGGAGGCGCUGAAGUGGCACCCGGACCGGCACCAGGGCGACGCGAAGGCGCGCGCGGAGGCGCGAUUCAAGAGGAUAAGCGCGGCGUAUCAGGCGCUGAGCGCGCCGGGGGGGGGAGAGCGACGCGCGAGGGCGUCUGGAGGGGGAGGACGCGGCGGCGGCGCGGAGGAUUUCGCGAGACGCGCGCGGGCGGCGAACGCGCGUCGCGGCGGCGAGACGCCGGGAGGGUACGGGUACGAGUACAGGCGAGAUUUCACGCGCGAGGACGCGGAGAGGGUGUUUAGGGAAAUGUUUGGGAACGAUUCGUCGAGUUUCAUACGCGAGCUCGAGCGAGCGAUGCGGGAAGCGGCGACGCGAGGGCGGGCGCCGGGAUUCGGCGCGCCGGGAUUCGGCGCGCCGGGGUUCGGCGCGGGAGGGUUCGCGUUCGGGCGCGGGAUGAGCGCGUACGAUUUGAACGAUUUAUUCAAAACGUUGUUCAGCGAACAAGUCGCGAACGAGAUCUCGGAGACGUCGUACGUGAACGCGCGAGGGGAGACGGUUAUCCGGCGCGUCGUUCGAUCUCGAGCGCCGAACGGCGUCGUGAGCGAGAGCGUCACCGAACGCGUCGUCGGUCGCGGCGGCGGCGCGCAAGAUCCUUGGCGUCAACAAUCGACGAGCGCGGGCGCCGCGCGCGGCGCGAGAGCGCCUCCACCGCCCGGUUCCGUCGUGGGCGUGAAUCCGCUCGUGGAGCUCGCCGUCGGCGCCGCUCGAGUCGCUCGAAUAGCGUUCGUCAGAUUCGUCGCCACCUUCGGCGCGCGCAUCCUUCAGCAGAUCAUUCGAUUUAUUUUACGUCGCAUCUUCGGCGGCGGUCGCUUCUAG